AUAAAUGAAUACUACCUUUAGCUUGUAUAUUUAUUAUCAUUAUUAUUUAUCUACGGGAAAAUUAUCCGUCACGUCAGUAACUCAAAUUAAAACAAACGGAUAAAUGGAUAAUUACCUCCCUCUACUUCGCUUCUUUUGGAAUAUGGCUUUAAGUGUCAUAUUUACCCUCGUGUCUUAAACCACGGAUCUCGGAAACUGACGGAACCUACCGAAAACAAAUCCCUUUAAAAGGGUAAAAGAAAAGUGCAAUUUGAUUAUCUUUGAUGUCUCUUCAUCUUUACUAUUAAUAUAGUUAUGCUACAAUUUAGUUAAUUUAUCAUGCAUUAGUUUAGAUUAACGAAGAAUACAAUACCUGUCUAACCUCGGAUAUCGCUACAUCAAUUAUCCUCAAAGUCGCAUCACUUCGUUUCUUAGGAAAUCCGAUUAAAGUUACAGAUAAUGGCAAGGCCGAGAAAAUACAAGACUGAAGCAGAAAAACGAGAAGCCAGGCGACAGCGUGAACGAAUCAAAAGAGCUAAUGAAACACCUUUAGAGAGAGAUCAUAGACUGAUGAAAUUAUCUUUGAAUGAAUGGAAACGGCGACGAAGUGAAACUGUUGAACAGAGAAGUGAGAGACUUAAAAGGCUGUCCUUAAAUGCACGGAAGAGACGGGCUAAGGAAACGGCAGAAGAGAGAGCAAAUCGGCUUCGAAAACUGUCUGAGAGCGAAAUGAGGAGGCGUGCCAGAGAAACGUCUGAAGAAAGAAAGAGAAGACUUAAGAAACUCGCCGAAUAUGCAAAGAACAAGCGUACUUCCGAGUCAAAUUGUCCUAAUACACAAGUGGCUAAAAUGGCGCGAGGCCGAAAGCAGACUGCUAAUGGCAUUAAGAUCACCCUGACCAACUGUUACGAUGACCAAGAAAACCAUUACCUGGAGGAGAUGCAUCACGAUCCUGAAAAGUUUCAAGCUCUUGUUGAAAAGUCAGGACUUAAUUCCAUUCCCACUUCUCAACUUCGUUGUGUUGAAACAAGAAAAUUGCAAAAAGUCUCUGUUGGAAUUGGUGCAAAUAGGAAAAAGAAAACCAAAACAACAACCAGAGCACAGAGGAACCAAUUGAUCUCAGUCUACACUUCUAAUAAAGCAAACUCCAAAUUAUGCAAAACCAGAACCAAUGCAAUGUUCCAUUCUGUCUCCAGUGAAAUCUUACUUCAUCCACAAUCAGAUAUACCUCCUGUUCAGGAGAAACGCAUUUUAGUGGUUCCAAAUCAUCAAACAGCAGUGAUGUCCAAUCUAUUUUCCAUGUGGAAAGCAGGGCGUUUGUGUGACUCGUACAUCAGUAAUGGUACUACAAAUAUAUUGGUCCAUAAAAUGGUUUUAGGAGCUGUGUGUCCAAAACUACUGCCAGCUCUCCAUCAUUCAUUAAGAGGUUCAUUUCCCAAAGUGGUCUUUCCAAGUUCAGUCAGUAAAGAAGGACUUUUAGCAUUUGCAGAAUACAUGUACAGCGGCAUUUUAGAUCUGAAUGAAGAAAUUCUAGUCCAACUGAAGACUAUUGCUGAAAAAUUAGAAAUGAAAGAUUUUGAAGAUCUUUGUUGUAAGGAAUUGAACAAAGCUAAGACAAAAGAUAUUUUAUCAGGUGUAGUGGAACCUUUGUUGGCAGAACCUUGUUCUUUGUCAGGAUUAUUUCCUUCCAAAGCACAAGGAGACACUAACAAGAAUUCUAUGCUAAUGAAGUUAUUUAGAAAUAAUUACAGCAAUAUUAACAUGCAAGCUGAUGUUGCCGUUACCAUUGCAUCAACAUCUACAUCCAAUACAACUUCUGUUUCUGAUGUAAGAUCUGCAGAAAAUAUGGUUACUGACCAGAUUGUCGAUAUCAAGACUGAAGUGGAACCAGAGAUAGAGUCUGCCAUCAACCCAAAGACCCUGCAGUUAAAAAUGGAACCCUGCAGUCCUGAAGACAAUCAAAGCAGUAUUGAAGAAGAAUUUUCUGUGGAUAUUCAUACGUCCAGUUAUAAAAAUAAUGUUCGGUUAAAACCUGCUGCCAGUACCACUCAUGAAAAUAUCAAUAAAGACAAUGUUGUUAAUAUUGAUUCCAGUGAUAGCAUCAAUAUAUCUGAUACCUGUAGAUCUGAAGAGACUUGUAUACAGCAUUCAGAAGACUGUGAUAAAGAUUCUGAUAAUCAAAAAGAACUGCAAUUAAUUUCAGUUACAUCUGCUACAGAAAAUAUAAAUGAAGACAGUCUCAGUGAUAAUUCUGAUGUGAUAAAGAUCUCCAGUAUGAUAUCUUCAAAUACAAAGUUACCUCAGCCAUCAAAUUCAGGACCAUAUCCCAUUAGUUUUAUUUCUGCACAUGACAGUAAAAAUAUAAAUCUUCAAAAUGUAUGAAAAAUAUUUAUUUACCUUUUCCUAAUAUCAGUCAGCCAUUCCAAGAAAGUCCAAUGUAUAAUUGUUGACUCCAGCUACUCUUUUCGUAGUAUUCAGGAUAAGAUUCUGGAUAAAAUUGACAUUGAUAAGAAAUCUCAUGUCAUCAAG